GCUCGCAAGCAGCAAAAGCACUAACGGCCUUCACCUGCGCCCAUCCACCCCCAAGCUCGUGUCUGAGGAAAUGCCGCGAUGAUGACUUCAUCCCACGCUGCGCAAAUUUGAACACUUCUUCCAUACCUCGUUCGCGCACGACCUCCUCCGAAUCACCACUCGCGGGACUUUCGACGAUGCGACGUUCGGCAUUCGCUCCUUAGCGCAACGUCAUUCAAAAUGGUGUCGGGCGUGGCGCGCCGAGCGCUGCAGCCCCGACUCUCGGGCCUCCCACCCGCCUUCGCGCGGCCGAUAGCAACUCCCUUCGUCUCCCGCUGCCGUCCGCAGGCCGGGCGGACCGAACAAUCGCCGUUACAGAACACGCGAGGCCUGUGGUACACACUUUCCGGACGUGGACAGCCUCUGCCGGCCUUUCCGCUGUCCAUCAUCCGACAAGCGCAGUCGCCGUCAACCCCCAGUGCCGGCCUCGUCGGACCCAAGUCAACGACAACGCGAUGGUUCUCACAAACGACUCCCGCGGCGCAAGAUCCCCGGCUCAAGGCAGACGAGGAGUCCACGGAGCCAGCACAACAGCCGCCGAGGCAAGAAGCUCCCGAUGAGGUCACCGAACAAGAGUUCAAGAAGAGCGACCGGGCCACCCAAGCUGCCCAGGUCAACCUCGCUGCCAAGUUGUCCAAGGAGGGCAAGCAGCAGAGCAAAGCUGGCUUCGCGGAGAUUUGGAGGCUCAUAAAGGUGGCACGGCCUGAGAUCCGGUGGCUCGGUAUUGCAUUCGUCUUCCUCGUCAUCUCCUCCAGUGUCACAAUGUCCAUUCCCUUCUCGGUAGGCCGAAUCCUAGACCUCGCUACCAAGGGCGAGGACGAAGACAUCCGCCUGUUUGGCUUUACGAUGAAGCAGUUCUUCAUGGGCCUCGCCGCAGUCUUGACCCUCGGCGCCAUGGCCAACUUCGGCAGAGUCAUCCUCCUGCGCAUCGUUGGCGAGAGAGUCGUCGCGCGGCUCCGCUCCCAGCUCUAUAGGCGCACAUAUGUCCAGGACGCCGAGUUUUUCGACGCCAACCGCGUCGGUGACCUCAUCUCACGACUCAGCUCUGACACGGUGAUCGUCGGCAAGUCAGUCACCCAGAACUUGAGCGACGGUCUUCGAGCUCUCUUCAGCGGCGGCGCCGGGUUCGCGAUCAUGGUCUGGACCAGCCCAAAGCUCACUGGACUCCUGCUCCUCAUGUUCCCUCCGAUUGCAAUCGGCGCAGUCUUCUACGGACGGGCCAUCCGCAACAUCAGCAGGGCGAUCCAGAAGAACCUCGGAACGUUGACCAAGAUUGCCGAAGAGCGCUUGGGCAACAUCAAAACCAGUCAGGCUUUCGUCGGAGAGGUUCAAGAAGUUGGCCGGUACAACAAGCAGAUCCGGCGCAUCUUUGCCUUGGGCAAGAAAGAGUCACUCAUCGCCGCCACUUUUUUUGCUUCAACGGGAUGGGCCGGGAACAUGACUAUCCUGGCCAUGCUCGUCGUCGGAGGCAGCUUUGUGCGAUCUGGGGCCAUGAGCCUCGGAGACUUGACUUCGUUCAUGAUGUACACAGCGUUUGCCGGCUCUAGUCUUUUUGGUCUUUCUGGGUUCUACUCAGAACUCAUGAAAGGUGUGGGGGCGGCAAGCCGACUAUUCGAGCUGCAGGACCGCCGACCCGGCAUCCACCAGACCGUGGGAAAGCCAGUUAAAUCCGCCCAGGGCCCUAUUCGAUUCGACAACGUCAGCUUCGCCUACCCUACCCGGCCGGCUGUCAAGAUUUUCAACGGGCUUAAUUUUGAGAUACCGUCGGGGAGCAACGUGUGCGUCGUGGGACCAUCUGGUGGUGGCAAAUCAACAGUAGCGUCCUUGCUGCUGCGGUUCUACAAUCCAAUUUCGGGCUCCAUCACGAUCAAUGGGGUUGACAUUUCCGAGAUGAACGUCAAGUCGCUAAGAAGACGCAUUGGCAUGGUCUCUCAGGAACCGGUCCUCUUCUCGGGGACCAUCGCCGAGAACAUUGCCUAUGGAAAGCCGGCGGCGUCCCGCAUGGAAAUCAUCUCGGCGGCGCGAAGAGCGAACUGCAACUUCAUCAGCGAUCUCCCUGACGGCCUAGAGACGCAAGUGGGCGCGAGAGGGUCGCAGCUUUCGGGUGGGCAGAAGCAGCGCAUCGCCAUCGCGCGGGCGCUGCUCAAGGACCCGGAUAUUCUGAUACUUGACGAGGCCACGUCUGCGCUGGACGCCGAGUCUGAGACGCUGGUCAACGAGGCUUUGGCUGGCCUGCUGCGUGGUCACAACACCACGAUCUCGAUUGCGCACCGGCUGUCAACGAUUAAGCGUUCGGACCAGAUCAUCGUCCUCAACAACGAGGGCAAGGUGGCCGAGAUUGGCAGCUACGCACAGCUUGCAGCCAACCGAGAGAGUGCCUUCAGCAAGCUCAUGGAGUGGCAGAUGAGCGGAGGCGAGAUUCCCGAAAAGAGAGGCUCGGAAAAAGGUGCUCACAUCACCGAGGCCGAGGAGCUGGAGCAAGACCUCGCGCAAGAGGAGGACGCGGAGCCGCAGGAAGAGCGCCGCGACAACGGCGACAAGGAGGCGUCGCACGUACCGGCUAACCAUGGUCGGCCUUGAGGGGCCUACGGGACGCGCGCACGCAUGACGACGAUUGACAGCGCCAUUGGUGCAGGAUUCCAUGUUUAUUUGUACAUCUAGUGUCAUACUUUUUUUGUGUAGUUUGGGUCGGGGUUGUCAACCUCCGGGUCGAGUACUCUGCAGACAACUCCACUCGAGAUUCGAUAGACGGUGGCGGGCGGCGCGACAUGCGUGAAUAACAGGAGAUGCGCCGGGUAGUAGCGGAGCAAGUCCUUGCCAAGGGGAAGUGUAGGCAACCAUGGGUAGGUUACUCGCGUGGUAGAUCUGGAGCAAAGGGUUGAAAUAGAUGCGGCGAGAGAAAACCACGAAUAGACUCCGGCGGUGCUUCGCGGCCUGGCGAAUACAAACAGGGUACGUACUUGGUAGGGUUGUGAGAAUGAGAUUGAAUUGCGGC